AUGCCUGCCCCAAAAGACGGAGCUCACUUUGACUUCAUUGUCGUCGGUGGAGGCACCGCUGGCAACGCUGGCCGCGGUGGCCCUGAGAAUGAAGAGCUCAUCACUACCCCUUCCUCCGCCAUGGAACUUCGUGGCUCCGACUACGAUUGGGGCUACAAGACAACUCUGGUCCGUCGUGACGAUUAUGAGAGGAUUGAAAAGCCGAACACCUGUGGUAAGGUCCUGGGCGGUAGCUCUUCGUUGAACUACUUCACCUGGGUGCCUGGCUGCAAGCCCACCUUCGACAGAUGGGCUGAGUUCGGCGGCCAGGAGUGGACCUGGGAUCCCCUCGUUCAUUACCUCCGCAAGAGUGCCACAUACCAUGACGACCUUGGCUUGUACUCUAAGGAUCUCCAGAAAGUGGGCAAGGGUGGACCCCUGCCGGUCUCCCAUGCCGAGCUCCUCGACGAGUUUGCCGACUUCCGUGACCGUGUCACCAAGGCCUGGGUCUCUCGCGGCCACAAGAUUCAAGAGAACAUUUACGACGGAGAAAUGAUUGGCCUUACCCACUGCCUUGAUACCAUCUACAAGGGACAGCGCUCCGGAUCGUAUCUCUUCGUCAAGAACAAGCCCAACAUCACCAUCCUGGCUUACACACACGCCAAGAACAUCAUCCUUGACGCUGGCCUCACGGCCAAGGGAGUCGUCGUUAUUGGUCCCAACGGUGGUGAGCAGAGCUUCUACGCUACUCGCGAGGUCAUCGUUUCCGAGGGUGUCUUCGAGAGCCCUAAGCUGCUUAUGCUUUCCGGUAUCGGCCCAAGGGACCAGCUCGAACGAUAUGGCAUCAGGACUUUGGUGGAGUCUAACCACGUUGGCCAAAACUUGAUUGACCACCCGGGUGUCCCGUUCGUCCUCCAGGUCAAGGAUGGCUACGGUGCCGACGACCACCUUCUCCGUCAGAGCUCAAAGUUUAGCGUUGCAGCUGAGACGUACAAAAGAAUAGGACCGAAGGAUCCGCUCUACAAGGAGAGGAAGGCCGCUAAUGGCAGCAAGGAUCCCUUCUCCCCCGAGGGCCAGCCUCAUUUCGAGCUCGACUUUGUCUGCAUGUUCGGCUCGGCCUUCCAGUGGCACUUCCCAACCCCCAAGAAGGGCAACCAUAUCACCGUCGUCGUCGAUCUCGUCCGCCCCGUUUCUGGCCCAGGUGAGGUGACUCUCCAGAGUAACGAUCCCCUUGCCCAGCCCGCCAUCAACUUGAACUUCUUUGCCGACGACCUUGACAUUAUCGGCAUGCGCGAGGGAAUUCGCUUCAUCUACGACGUCCUGACCAAGGGCGAGGGCUUCAAGGAUAUCGUGGUUGCCGAAUAUCCAUGGGACAUGCCCCUCGACGAUGACAAGCAAAUGGAACGCGCGGUCCUAGACCGUGGCCAAACGGCGUUCCACCCCACUGGUACUUGCCGCCUGUCCAAGAACAUUGGCCAGGGUGUCGUUGAUCCCAAACUCAAGGUCCACGGUGUCAAGAAUUUGCGCGUUAUCGAUGCUUCUGUCAUUCCCAUUAUUCCGGAUUGUCGUAUCCAGAACUCUGUUUCCGCUGUCGGCGAAAAGGGUGCUGACAUGAUUAAGGAGGCCCACAAGGAUCUGCAGGCUUAA